CCCUUCGAGCGCAGCACUAACGCUAGUCGCGAGAAUUAACACGUAGUUCGGUAGCCCUGGUGUGAACGGUGAAGGUCUGGCAAUGUAAUUACUUGUUUUGGGGUUCCGGCGGUUUGGCCUGUAUUAAGGAAAACGCAUAACGUGCGUGUGCAAAUAAAUAUUAUUUUGUAAAUAUACGUUUUACGUGUUAGAAGAAAAACUUGUGAAUUCAAAUCAAUUUUGAGCGACACUGCAACAGUGUUGUAACCACGUGGGUUGUUUCGUUGGCUUUUACGGAAAUGGAAUUUUUUGAAGAUUCGAUCGAUGUACCUGUUUCAGAGAUUUGUGAAUUAUCUCCUGAAGAUAAAGUUAAAUUAGAAAAGCAAAAUUCGAGAAUUGUAUCUGAAUUCCAAGCCAAUAAAUUGGAAAAGGAUGCAAUGAAAAAUUGGGACCUUUUCUACAAAAGAAACGAAACCCGUUUCUUUAAGGACCGGCAUUGGACUGUUCGUGAGUUCCAAGAACUUUUAGGCGUCCAGGAGAAACCUGGGCGUCGGAAAAUGCUUGAAAUAGGUUGCGGCGUGGGGAACUUGGUGUUUCCACUUUUGGAGAUGGAUUUGGAUCUCUUUGUGUUUGCUUGCGAUUUUUCCCGUCGUGCAGUUGAACUAGUGAAAUCGAAUCCUCUAUAUGACGAAAGCAAAAUUCAAGCGUAUCAAGUGGAUAUUACUACUGAUGAUGUCUUCAGCAAGAUUCCUCAAAAUAGUAUAGACAUCAUUACAAUGGUCUUCGUUCUCUCAGCAAUUCAUCCAGACAAAUUUUUAAAGACUUUCGAGAAUCUAUUUUCCUUGUUACUGCCAGGAGGUAUUCUGUUAUUCCGUGAUUAUGGGCUUUAUGAUAUGGCACAGUUGAGAUUCAAGCCUGGAUGCAAGAUAGCUGACAAUUUCUAUGUUCGUCAGGAUGGUACAAGGUCAUACUACUUUUGUACUGAAGAACUGAAAGCCUUGUUCCAGUCGGUGGGUUUUGAGAUUCUGACUCUAUCUUAUGUCCAUCGGAGAACUGUAAAUAAAAAAGAAGGCAUUGAUGUACCUAGAAUAUUUGUCCAAGCCAAACUGCAGAAGCCUCCUGCUGCUACAGUUGAAGGUGAAUUAACUUUUUCAAAACCUGUCUGCACUUCCAGAAAAGAGAUUCUUAUGGUAGGUUUCUGUAUUUUUUGAUCGCAAUAUUUCUUCUAUCAAGUUAUGAUAGUGAAUUUAUUUUUACAAACACUGUCUGCAAUUUGAUGAAGGAAACUUGAUUCAAGGUGCUUCCAAAAAGUUUUUCUUUUUCCUUUCGAAUAUGUAUACAGUUGAAAGGCUUGGUGGAAGAACAUGUUACCUUAGAAGGUGGGCAAAGGUUGUUUGGUAAAGGCUAAAGAAAGCUGAAUGUUAAUAAAUUUGCCAAGACCAUUUUAUAUAUUUUUAUUAUUAAUGAUAUGAUUUCUUUUAUGUAUGCUAUUUUGUGUCAAAGGAUUAAGAGGCUGUUCAUGAAUAACAUAACACAAAGUUAAAAUAUUUUUAAAACCUAUUUCUCCUUGUAAUUGAACCCCCUAAAUUUUGCCUCAGUACUUGCAGAACACCUUGUAAAUGAAAAAACUGAAAAUAAAUUAUAGUUCAGUAAAAAAUCA